GUAUGGCCUCGCAUGUGCAAGUUUUCUCUCCUCACACCCUUCAGUCAAGUGCCUUCUGUAGCGUGAAGAAACUGAAAGUGGAGCCGAGUUCGAACUGGGAUAUGACUGGGUACGGCACACACAGCAAAGUCUACAGCCAGAGCAAGAACGUGCAGUCCUCCCAAGCAGCCGCUGCAGCAGCCGUCAACGCCUCCCUCCAGAUCCCCAAUCCGAGCAUCCCUUACGAACAGACCAUCAUCUUCCCAGCAAGCACGGGGCACAUCGUGGUGACAUCCGCCAACAGCACUUCUGGUGUGGUUGCAGUGUCUGGGCAAACACUGGGCGGGCCACACAACCUGAUGCGUCGCAGCACUGUGAGCCUUCUGGACACCUACCAAAAAUGUGGACUUAAGCGCAAGAGUGAGGAGAUCGAGAACACAAGCAGCGUGCAGAUCAUCGAAGAGCAUCCACCAAUGAUUCAGAACAAUGCCAGUGGGGCCACUGUAGCCACUGCCACCACCUCCACGGCCACCUCCAAAAACAGUGGCUCCAACAGCGAAGGGGAUUACCAGCUGGUGCAACAUGAGGUGCUGUGUUCCAUGACCAACACGUAUGAAGUGUUAGAGUUUCUUGGCCGUGGAACCUUUGGACAAGUAGUCAAAUGCUGGAAACGUGGCACUAAUGAGAUUGUGGCUAUCAAGAUCCUGAAGAACCAUCCUUCCUAUGCCCGGCAAGGCCAGAUUGAAGUGAGCAUCCUGGCUCGGCUGAGCACAGAAAGUGCGGAUGACUACAACUUUGUCCGUGCAUACGAGUGCUUCCAGCACAAGAAUCACACGUGCUUGGUCUUUGAAAUGUUGGAGCAGAACCUUUAUGAUUUCCUAAAGCAAAACAAAUUCAGUCCCUUGCCCCUUAAGUACAUUCGACCAAUUCUCCAGCAGGUAGCAACUGCCCUAAUGAAGCUGAAAAGCCUGGGACUGAUUCAUGCUGAUCUCAAACCAGAGAACAUCAUGUUGGUAGACCCAUCCCGACAGCCAUAUAGGGUCAAGGUCAUAGACUUUGGUUCAGCUAGCCAUGUGUCUAAAGCUGUGUGUUCUACCUACCUUCAAUCCAGAUAUUACAGAGCCCCUGAAAUCAUCCUCGGUUUACCGUUUUGUGAAGCAAUCGAUAUGUGGUCGUUGGGAUGUGUCAUUGCAGAGCUGUUCUUGGGCUGGCCGUUGUACCCGGGAGCUUCAGAGUACGAUCAGAUUCGCUAUAUUUCACAGACGCAGGGCUUACCAGCAGAGUAUUUGUUAAGUGCAGGGACAAAGACUACGAGGUUUUUCAACAGGGAUACAGACUCACCGUAUCCUUUGUGGAGGCUGAAGACGCCAGAUGAUCAUGAGGCAGAGACGGGGAUUAAGUCGAAGGAAGCAAGAAAGUAUAUUUUCAACUGUUUGGAUGAUAUGGCACAGGUGAACAUGACAACGGAUUUGGAAGGAAGUGAUAUGUUGGUGGAAAAGGCGGACCGGCGGGAGUUUAUAGAUCUGUUAAAGAAGAUGUUGACGAUAGAUGCAGAUAAGAGAAUAACACCCAUUGAAACUCUGAACCACCCUUUUGUCACCAUGACACACUUGCUCGAUUUCCCUCACAGCACACAUGUCAAGUCCUGCUUCCAGAACAUGGAGAUUUGCAAGCGGCGGGUGAAUAUGUAUGACACAGUGAACCAGAGCAAGACGCCAUUCAUCACCCAUGUGGCCCCGAGCACAUCGACCAACUUGACCAUGACUUUUAACAACCAGCUGAACACAGUCCACAACCAGACCACCAACCUGGCUCCCACCUCCUCCAGUGCCACUAUUUCCUUAGCCAACCCCGAGGUCUCCAUACUAAAUUACCAAUCUGCACUCUACCAGCCUUCAGCGGCGUCCAUGGCUGCGGUGGCCCAGCGGAGCAUGCCCCUGCAGACAGGAACAGCGCAGAUCUGUGCCCGGCCCGACCCCUUCCAACAAGCUCUCAUCGUCUGCCCACCAGGCUUCCAAGGGUUACAAGCCUCCCCUUCGAAGCAUGCUGGGUAUUCAGUUCGGAUGGAGAAUGCCGUUCCCAUUGUCACUCAGGCUCCUGGGGCCCAACCUCUUCAGAUCCAGCCAGGACUCCUCGCACAGCAAGCGUGGCCCAGUGGCACUCAGCAGAUCCUGCUCCCUCCCGCCUGGCAGCAGCUGACCGGGGUGGCCACCCACACUUCUGUCCAGCACGCGACCGUCAUCCCGGAGUCCAUGGCAGGCACCCAGCCGUUGGCAGACUGGAGAAACACCCACGCUCAUGGCAGCCAUUAUAACCCCAUCAUGCAGCAGCCCGCGCUGUUACACCAGUCGGCCCCCCGAAAUGCAUCCACCUAUGAAGUUUCAUCCUCUCAAUCCAUCAGCUCACCUCAGCGGUCGAAACGAGUGAAGGAAAACACGCCUCCCCGCUGUGCCAUGGUGCACAACAGCCCUGCCUGCAGCACCUCCGUCACGUGCGGCUGGGGCGAUGUGGCGACCAGCACCACGCGGGAGCGGCAGCGGCAGACGAUAAUCAUUCCCGACACCCCUAGCCCCGCAGUGAGUGUCAUCACUAUCAGCAGCGACACAGAUGAAGAGGAGGAGCAGAAGCAUGCACCUACCAGCACUUUGUCCAAGCAAAGGAAGAACGUCAUCAGCUGCGUCACCGUGCAUGACUCCCCCUACUCCGAUUCCUCCAGCAACAACAGCCCUUACGCCGUGCAGCAUCGCGCAGGGCAGAAUAACGGGAACACUUACGACACCAAAGGGGUUCCAGAGACUCACUGCAGUGGGAACCCCCGAACGAUCAUCGUGCCACCACUGAAAACCCAGGCCAGUGAGGUGUUGGUAGAGUGCGAUAGCCUGGCACCAGUCACCACCAGUCACCACUCAUCCUCCUACAAGUCCAAGUCCUCCAGCACCGUGACCUCCACCAGCGGUCACUCUUCAGGGAGCUCGUCUGGAGCCGUUGCCUAUAGGCAGCAGCGACCAGGAGCACAUUUCCAGCAGCAGCAGCCUCUUAAUCUAAGUCAGGCCCAGCAGCACAUCACGACCGAUCGCACAGGGAGUCACCGGAGACAGCAAGCCUACUCUUUCCCGCACAAUAGUCCCAGCCAUGGUACAGUUCAUCCUCACUUGGCCGCGGCUGCUGCUGCUCACCUGCCCACCCAACCCCACCUCUACACAUACACCGCCCCUGCCGCCCUGGGCUCCACGGGCACCGUCGCACACCUGGUGGCCUCCCAAGGGUCUGCGCGGCACGCCGUGCAGCACACCACCUACCCCGCCAGCAUCGUCCACCAGGUCCCUGUCAGCAUGGGCCCGCGGGUUCUGCCCUCACCCACCAUCCACCCGAGCCAGUACCAGGCUCAGUUUGCCCAUCAGACCUAUAUCAGUGCUUCUCCAGCCUCCACAGUCUACACUGGAUACCCACUGAGCCCCACCAAGGUCAACCAGUACCCUUACAUCUAAACACUGGAAUAAGGAGCGAGAGACGCACCCAUCCCGGGGGAGUGAGGCGGCUGCUUUUGUACUGAAGAACAUGACAAACUAACAAUGCAAUGGGAGGCUCGCGUGAAACUUGAACGAAGGAGACUUUAAGGAAGAAACGAAAAAGAGGAAAGAAGGGGGAGAACCAAUUCUACACUUUUUAUUUAAAAAAAAAAAAAAGAAAAUUGAAAAAAAGA